ACUUAUCAAGCUCUUUUCUCCUGCACCCUCAACCUCAACCUCAACAGUCUGCUGCAGAAGCGCUUAAACCCCAACUGCACCGCAGUCUCUAUUACUGUUCUCCCCACGAGAACUCCUCUGAUUCUAUAUCCCCCGCGCUCACGCAAACCAUCAAAGCCCACCGCACCGCAACACAAAACCCCUCAACCACAUUCCCCCGAGCUCCCAGAGGAGCUCCCACAGCUCCCACCAUGUCCACCUACGAAGUGGAACACAACACCACCGACCCAUCCUCAACCACCCCCACCACCACCACCACAGGAACAACAACCAGCACCCAUCCCCGCCGCCCCGACCUCUCCACCUUCUUCGCCACCCUCUCCGAGAUCACCCCGGAUGAAUCAAGCAGCACCCACCGCCCGCACGCCGUGCCGGUCCCGCGCGACAUCAGCGCAGCCUUCUACACGCUCGCCGAAGCGUUGAACGUGAUGCGGCGCGACGGCGGCGGCGGGGGCGGGGGCGGGGCCACCAUCGCGGCGGCGGCGGCGGGAGGGAUCCCCAGCUUCGGGCCGGAGGAUACGGACACCAACGGAAAUGGCAACGAGCUGCUGACGGAAAUGAUUGGGUCGUUGUUGCAGUCGGCGGAGCGGCCGCCCAAGGAGGUGGAGGGGGUGAGUGAGGAGUUCUGUGAUGUGCUCGACCGCGUGCCUAAGGCGUCGUUGAACUCGUCGCAGGUCUGUCCGAUCUGCAAUAACUCGUUCCUGGAGGACCAGUACCCCCUCGUCGUGCGGUUGCCGUGCCAUCCGACGCAUCUGUUUGAUCUGGAGUGCGUGCGGCCGUGGUUGAGGCUGCGGGGAACGUGCCCGCUGGAUCGCACGGAUUUCGCCAAGCAGGAGAGGGAGAAGGCGGAGGCGCGGCGGAAGCCGGCGGUGGAUGAUGAGGAGGAGGAGUGGGAUGGCAUGUAUGGUUAGGUUUACAGAUAGGUGCUAUGAUCAAUAAAGAGAAGGGCAUAGUGUUCCGGAAGCAUGCUGUGGAACCGCGAGCUUUACUGUUGAACUUGCAUAGAGACGU